AUGGAUAAUUUUGUUUUAGAUUACAUUUUGGAGAUUUUAUAUUAUAUAACAUUAAUUUCAAUUGGCCUCGCCAGUUUUGCUUAUGGCUAUGCCUAUGAUGGAAAAUUCGAUAGACGUUGGGUCACAGUUUAUGGUUUCCCAUUAGAGAUUGGUCCAUCAGUUGUUAAUGAAUUUUCAAAAUAUGGCAAAAUACUAGAAGUUGAAUACCCACGCCAAUCAGCAGCCAAUUGGAUUUUAUUAAAAUUUGAAUCCAAAGAAAUUGCAUCAAAUCUUAUAAAAAAUGGAGCCAUAGCAUAUACAAUCAAAAGUUAUCAAAACAUCUUCCCAUUAAUGGUGGUAAUUGUAAUGUUGGUUAGAAGAAUAGCAAUUUCAAAAGGAGAGGUAAUAGGGUGUGUUUUGGGUUUUGUGGGUUUAAUUGUAACUUUAUUCCACUCUUUGUUUUUAAAAGAAAGGGGUCUAAAUAAUAGUGCCAGUAACAGUAUCAGCAGUAGCAUCGAACGAAAUAAUGCAAAGGGUCAAACUCCAACAUUUUAUGGUGAUAUUUUAACUUUACUUGGUGCAGUUUGUCUAGUAUUUUACUUAUUUCCAGGCUCUCAUUUAAGAAAGUGGAUGCCUAUCUUUUGUUAUGCCUUUACUGUGACAUUUAGUGCAUCUGUAUUUUUAACUAUUGGCUCAUUAGUUUUCGUAAAUAGACACGGUAAUGGUAUAUUUGGUUGGCUAUUAUCUUCAUUCAUAUUAGUAGCAAUAUAUAUAGCAUGUAAGUAUUAA